CCUGACCCGAAGCUGGGCCAGGACGCAGAUCAUGGGGAAGGGACGCUGGCUUGGAGAAAGCCCAGGUUCAGAGGAUGCUAAACUGCCCCGGUAUGCCAGCAUUAAGGCGUUCCUGGCCAGCCUGUCACUGCUGUACUUCUGCAAGGCGCUCACGGCUGCCUACAUGAAGGGCGCCAUCACCAGCAUCGAGCGGCGCUUCUCCCUGCCCAGUUCUCUCGCAGGCACCAUCGAUGGCGGCUUCGAGAUGGGCAAUCUCCUCGUGGUUCUCGUGGUGAGCUACUUGGGCUCCCGGCUUCACCGUCCGCGGCUCAUCGCCGUCGGCGCCACCGUGAUGGCAGCGGGCACGUUCGUCAUGGCGCUGCCGCACUUCUUCAUGGAGCCGUACAAUGAGCACGAGGCUCAAGGCCACGCGCAGGCGAACGGGACGACCGGAGCUCUGCCCGCGCAUUGCCUGUCCCGGUCAGCGGCGGCGGCCGAGACUGGAGCGCCUCCAGCGGGCUGCGCGCAAGGCUCGGGCAGCCGGCUCUGGGUGCUGCUUCUUGCGGGAAACAUCCUCCGCGGGGUGGGUGAGACGCCCGUCACCCCGCUCGGAGUCUCCUACCUGGACGACUUCACCCGCCGCGAGGAUUCCGCCUUCUACCUGGGUUGUGUGCACACGAUGGGGCUCGUGGGGCCGGUGCUGGGAUUCCUGCUGGGAUCGCUGUGCUCCAGACUCUUCGUCAACUUCCCAGACUGGGUGUCCAUGCAAGUGCAGGACAAGCGCUGGGUGGGUGCCUGGUGGCUCGGUUUCCUCGUCGCCGGCGCUCUCAGCCUGCUCGCCUCGCUGCCCUUCUGGGCUUUUCCGCGCAACCUCCCUCGUGAAAAGGAGCCGAGACGAUCGUCGGAGAUGUACUCGAUGCCUGUCAAGGACAUUCUGCUCACGUCAGGAGACAAGGACGAUUGUGCCACGGACUUCCCCAGGAGAGGGUCGCACAGCUCGACGCUAUCGACGUCUCCCACGUCGCUCAUCAGAGGGAUUGCCGUGUCUCUGCACGGGGUGCUUUGCCAACCGCUCGUUGUGGCUCUACUCGUUUCCCAAGUGCUCCAGGUCAUGUCGCUGGUCGGGUUCGUGACGUUUAAGCCCAAGUUCAUGGAGGAGCAGUUUGGCAAAACGGCGGCCGAGGCGAACAUGUUCAUGGGGGCGGUGAACGUACCCUCGGUGGCGCUGGGCAUGUUCGGGGGUGGCCUGCUGAUGCGCUGCCUGGCCCUGGGACCCCUGGGGGCCGCUCGCCUCUCCCUGGCGUCCGGCUCGGUGGCCUGGGCCCUCACGCUCGCCUUCUACGCGCUGCGCUGCGACGGCCCCAGCGUCGUCGGCCUGACCCACGCGCCGCUGCUGGCUAGCCACGCGGGAGCGCGGGUCACCGGCUGCCCCGGCGCGUGCGAGUGCCGUGGGGACGCGUGGGAGCCCGUGUGCGGCUGGGACGGCCUCACCUACCUCUCGCCGUGCCUGGCCGGGUGUAACGCCACCGUCGGCGGCACCUCCACCCAGGGCGGAACGGCGCCGGUAUUCACGGACUGCGUGUGUGUUGGUGGCAUCGGAGGACGGGCCACGCUUGGGCUGUGCGCUCGCACCGCCUCUUGCGACCGCAGCUUCCACCUGUUCCUGGGCGUCACGGUGGCGUCGUCGUUCAUCUACGCUCUGGGCUCCACGCCGGCCUACUUCGUAUUUCUCCGGAGCGUGAGUAGCGAGCUGAAGUCGUUUGCACUGGGGCUGCAGACCAUGGUUACACGUACCUUGGCCGGAAUCCCCGCGCCGAUCCUCUACGGGGUCGCCAUCGACUCCUCGUGCACCAAGUGGGGGCUCGGCACGUGUGGUUCCAGCGGCGUGUGCCAGUUCUACGACACGGACGCCUUCCGGUGGAUUUACCUGACUCUCACGUGCGUACUGCGUGCCGUGUCCCUUGCUCUGUUCGCUGUUGGAUGCGGCCUCCUACAGCAGCAGCCCAACCGAUGGAGCCUGCCCUAAGGAGCACCCAGAUCUACAACACAAAGCCAGACUCGCUCACGCCAUGGUUACUAUUCCCCCGUGAACUUCACGCGUUGAAUCCGUAACCCAUGGUUGAGGACUCGGUCUACUGACUGUUUUGUCCCAUGCGAUUGUGUUCAAACAUCACGCUGCAGGUCACAACAACACACACAACCAUUCACCAUACUGCAGGUCACAACAACACACUCACAACCACUCACUACACAGCAGGGCACAACAACACACACAACCACUCACCAUACUGCAGGUCACAACAACACUCACCACACACAACCACUCACCACACCACAGGACUCAACAGCACACGCACUCACUCACCACACUGCAGGUCACAACAACACACACACAACCACUCACCACACAGCAGAUCACAACAACACACACACAACAACUCACCACACUGCAGGUCACAACAACACUCACCACACACAACCACUCACCACACAGCAGGUCACAACAACACACACUCACCACACUGCUGGUCACAACAACACCCCCACUCACUCAUCACACUGCAGGUCACAACAACAAAGUAAAAACAAAGAUCCCCCGUAUAGCCUUAAUAGACUGUUGGGGCAAGUGUUGUGAGCGAGCGCCUAUGAAGGCUGGCAUUGUGGCACACGAGGGGGUCGGUGGCCAGCACCACGCCCGGCCGCCUUUGUCUCCCCAGUGGCGAUGCUUACACACCGCACCGGGCACUGAUUUGAAGCUGAGUCGACCUAGGGGAUAAUCGUCACCGGUGUCGACCGUUAGCGAGAAUCGAACCAGCGAGCUGACCGCUACACUACCGCUCCCUGAGGUCACAACGACACUCACCCACCACACUGCAGGUCACGUUCGUAUAACUUUGGCUCAAAUCAAUAGACAUGUUAACUCUUACACUAUCACAACUUUGUAUCGUGCCGUUUGUUGAUGACUGCUCGAUGUUUCGUGACCUUGGGCCUGUGCUCAGUAAGUGUGUUCAAAAAUAAAAAAACCACAGACCCAUACGCUAUGUCUGUUAUUGGUAAAGUAUUAAGUUAUGAUUGAUGUUCCAAACCACUCAGCUCUGGAGGAGAGACACAUGGUAUGAGGUCAAUUGAAGGGACCCCAGGUUGUAGUUCUGUGAUAUCCGCUUCCGCGGGCUGUUGAUUCAAAUACUCUAUUGUUAUAAAUCACGCGAAAAUGAAUAUUGAGUGUAUGGGAACGUAUUACUGGA